AUGGUUCCCUCCAGUGUCAUCGCUAGACUCCUUCCCUUGGUGCUGCUCGUCAACGCCGACCCUAGAAAAUACACAGGGCUCACUGGUAUCAACGGUGGUGUGACGAUCGUUGCUGAAUAUGACAAUCACAGUCUCAACUUGAACUACAAGUGUCAACAGGGUGGUGCUGGUGAUACGUCUGGGAAGGUCGUUAAGAAUAGACCUCUGAGAAGAGGCCAAGAACCCAUCCUUCUUAACAUAGAAGAGGAGGCGAUUAUCGAGCUCGUCCCCAGUGGGGGUUCGCCAAAUGCGGCAUUCGAGGACUUCAAACGUGAAUGUGGAGGAAGUUUUGGCAAAUGGUCACAAAAAGAUGAGAAUAUAAGGAUAUUUGAGACAAGCGAGAAAGAGCUCAUGAUAGGGUUCUUAGGGAAGAACUUUUACCUUCUUAGAGGUGAAGCUCCUUAUCCCGUUGGUAACUAUCAUUUGACGGACCACAAAGAGGUUAAGUUAGUUGGAAGGGACAAGCGAUUCGAGAUCGAGAUUGACGGCGAGGUCAUCCUUGCUCCUCUGGAGCCCGUAGCUAUCACAAAUCGAAAUCAUCGCCUCGUGAACGUUCUUGCUGUUGAAUAUGCCAGAAACAAGGAUUCGCUUGUGAGUGUCGAGUGGGGUAAGUUUUUGAAGAAAUACGGUAAGCCAACGUAUAUCCCUCAAGCAAUCUUAUGA